CUUCUUUCCCGACGCCCUGAUGCGCACGGAGUGUGCGCGCGUGCGAGCUCUAGUUCAUUUCCAGAAGGCAAUCAGAACUGUGAAUAUACUCAAAUCUAAAUUCCUCCUUUAGCUGGAAUCAUAUCCUUUUUUCCUUAAAGCCAAAAUGAUGACGAGACACUCAUUUCAUUUGUUGUCCAAAAUAGAUAAACUGAUAUUCCAUCGAAUCUCCAGCUCAUCUGCUCGCUCGUCCUUAUCUAUGAUAACAUCAUGUCUAUGUACAAAGACCCUCCAGGAAAGGAAUGUUCUCCUUAUGGGUCCUCCUGGGGCUGGAAAGACGUCAGUGGGACGUAUUUUGUCCCACAGACUCGGGAAACCUGUAAUCGAUAUAGACGAUGAUGUUCUGGAAAAGGCCUGGGGGAUGACUGUAGCGGAGAAGCUGAAGCAAGUCGGGGGCGAACGGUUUAUCGAUGAAGAGGGCCAAGCUGUGUGUAACUUCUCCGCAUCUGGAUGUGUGAUCUCGCUUACGGGAUCGAACCCGCUUCACUCGGACACCAUGCGGCACCUGAAACGCUCGGGUAUCGCUCUGUAUCUGGACGUAGACACUGAAGACAUUGUGGAAAGGCUGAAUAAAAUGAAGGUGAACAGAAUUGUAGGUCAGUGUUCUGGCGUCUCAAUGAGGAAGAUCCUAGAGUACAGAAAGCAGUUUUACGAGAAGUGGUUGGACGCAAGAGUGUUUUGUGGAAGGGGGGAUACUUUAGAGGAUAUCGCUGAGAAAGUUGUCAGGGUUCUAGAUAGAUAUCAGGACACUGAAUCAGAGACCUACAUCUCCACCAGGAACCAUAGACAUGCAUCGAACAGUGACGUGAAGUUCUUCAGCGAUGUUGCCGUGGAGGGAUUAGCUCCCUGUGGAGGGCUUUACGUACCUAAUAAAGGAUUCCCAAAACUGGAAACUUCUGAAUGGAUACGAUUAGCAGACAUGUCUUAUCCCGAGCGUGCUUCGGUCAUACUCGAGAAGUGCAUACAUCCACUGGAUAUCGCUCCAUCAGAACUUCGCUCGAUGGUUAAGCGAGCCUACGGGCAGAACUUUGCUGCCAAAUCAGUGGCACCUGUUAAGCAUCUUGCUGAGAAUCAGUACAUUCUGGAGCUCUUCCAUGGUCCCACUGCUUCCUUUAAGGACCUGUCACUUCAAUUAAUGCCACAGCUCUUUGCUCACUGCCUUCCACAGAUGUGCAACUACUUGAUCCUUGUGGCCACGUCUGGGGACACAGGAAGUGCAGUUCUUAGUGGGUUCAGCAACCUCAGAGAAAGUGACAGGCAGCGCAUUGGUGUGUUGGUGUUUUUCCCUGAGCGAGGUGUUAGUGCCAUACAGAAACUGCAGAUGACUGGUUUUAAGGGAAGCAACACCAGGUCUGUUAGUGUCUUCUCAGACUUUGACUUUUGCCAGAGGGCCAUCAAGGGCAUAUUCUGUGAUUUGAGACUCACUGGCUACUUUGCAGUAGAAUACGCUACUGUUCUUAGCACGGCUAACUCCAUCAACUGGGCGAGGCUACUUCCGCAGGUGGUCUACCACUCCUCUGCAUACCUGGACCUCCUCAGAGAUGGCGUGGUGAAAUUUGGGCAGCCCAUCGAUGUGUCCAUCCCGACUGGAAACUUUGGAAACACCAUGUCUGCCAUUUACGCUAAACAAAUGGGUGUCCCAAUAAGAAACAUAAUUUGUGCCUCUAAUCACAACUGCAUAGUUUCAGAUUUUAUCUCGACUGGUCAGUACGAUCUCCGAGGCAGGAAACUUAAACUAUCAAAUUCCCCUUCUAUUGACAUUCUGAAGUCUUCAAAUCUCGAACGGUUUCUGUAUCAUGCAUCUGGUCGGGAUGGUAAACUUGUCCAGGACUUGUUUGAACGCCUUGAGAAAGAUCAACACUUCACCGUGUCGGAGGAGCUAUUACAGAGCGUUCGGCAGGAUGUGGAGGCAGGGUGGUGCUCCGAGGAUGACUGCCUGAAUACUAUUCAGGAGGUGCACUCCAAAACAGGAUACAUCAUGGACACUCAUACCGCCGUAGCUAAAUCGGUGGCUGACCGGCUGCAUGAUAAGAUGUGCCCAGUUGUUCUGUGUUCCACUGCACAUUUCGGGAAAUUUGCUCCUGCCGUUCUUAAAGCCCUACGCUGUCCCGAUGUCCCUCGUGACCCUCUGGAGCAGUUGGAUGCCCUGUGUGCUAUUGCAGGCCAAGAGCUAAUGCAUAAAACUCUGUAUGAGAGUGUGAGACACGAGGCAAAUGCUCCACAUACAGUGUGUCCGCCUGAUUUCAGUGUUUUAACAGAUGAGGUGGAAUCUAUGAUACAUGACUCAUUUCUGAAGCUCAGGUAGGUCAGGGCUUAAUCCGGGCUGGAAGCAGGAAGUAAGGAGCUGCAGUGGCAUCUAAUGGCAACCUUUGGAUCGGCAGAUUUCUAAAGUCAGUAUCUUGCACAAAAAACCCUAUUGAACCCCAAUCAACUUGACGCAUCUGCACACAUAUAAACAUGGCCAGAAAUGCCUUUAAACGUAGUGUUUAAAUAGGGGUGGAGUCAAAGAGGAGACUGGGUAAAGAAACCAAUAAAGAAAUGAAACAUUUCAUAGUAAAAAACUGACCUGUAAUUACUUUAUAAUAACUUUAUAAUAACCUGUGUCGCCAACAACAACAAUCACUGACCAGCUGAACUCACAUGGAUUUGAUGGAUUUAUUUUCUCAUCAAUUAUUAAAAUAAGCUUAGUUUAACAAUAUACUAUAUAAUAUACCAUUAAGGACACAUGUAUUGGGACACCCAAAUUUCCCAGCCAUAUUUGGUUUUUCCUUGUUGUAUACCAUCAAUUGCUGGAGCAAAUUCAGAUGUACAAUUUACAAUUGUGCCCUAGUCCAGAUCCAUGAAGAUCUGCUUUACAUGGGUUGGAGUGGAAGAUCUCCUGCUACAGAACUCCAACCCUAUUAAACACCUUUGGGAUGAAUGUGAAUGUUGACUGAACCUUCAGGCUUUCUCACCUUACCUUCAUCACUACCUGACUUUACUAACACCAUUGUUUCUGAAUGACCUAAAAUCUCCACAAAAUCCCAGAAUGAAUAAAUGUGGAGUUCACAAAAAGAAGCACAAACCAAUCCUAUGGUCAGGUGUCCACAAAUAUAUCAACUGGGAAAUUCCUCACUAUCCAACUAUCUAUUAGAGCUGCUGAAGAUCCUCCUAUACGUGAAAAUAUUUGCACCUGUAUCUCCUGAACAUGCUUCCUAGAUGGCAGUGUUGCUUUUCUUUAAAUUCUGGCACAUGCAUUUUUUUAGCAGUUCCAUAGAAGAACCACCAGAACCUUCAACCAGUUUGCGGGGUCUGGCCCUGGGGGUGUGGGUUUGUUGUUGGGGGUGUAUCAGUUUGCACUGUUUGCAAAUUAAGAUAGCGGUUCUUUAUUGUGCAUUUUGCCCUUAAAGGACCGCUAUCUUAAUUUGCAUAAACUGGUCCAAGAUUGGAGACUCCAGGUCUAAAGAACUGUUUAUAAUUGUUCAAUUAAAACCAUUAAAAUCA